CAAUUCAAUUAAAUUUGUGUUGUUUGCAUUGCAAACCUUCCCCUUGUAAUGCAGAUCCAGAUCCGCCCCCACCACUCCUUUAUUUAACUUCACCUCCACUCGAUUAUCAGUCCAACACCUGCUUUUUACCUCGAGAUGUCUUAAAUCGGUAAAAAUGAAAAGCGACGCGCCGUCAGAACAAAAAACGAUAGUGAAGGUGGGGCAUAUCGAAAAACGAAGGAAAAAAAUUGUGGUGCCUCCACAAUAUCUUAAAAUGUCGGACAAUACACACCAUAAGCUCUUCGUUGAGAAACUAAAAUCUAGGCCAUUUACACCAGCUCGAAGUCCUAGAGGGGCGCAAAUUCAUUUAUCUUUGCCGGAGACCUCCAGUAGUGCCUUUGGACGAGUGACUCCGGAAGGUGACGGUAGUUUCAUAUUUCCUAAGUCGGUGUCGGAAAUAGACCUGUGGAGAAGUGGAGAAAAAACGGACUUAUUGUCCUAUGCAAGUAAGAACAGUGAAAAAAAGGACCACUUGUACAAAAUCUUGGUAAUUGGAGAUCUAGGAGCUGGAAAAACUUCAAUAAUCAAACGUUAUGUGCACCGUUUUUUCACACAACACUACCGAGCAACAAUUGGAGUAGAUUUUGCUUUGAAAGUACUAAACUGGGAUGAAAAUACUCUUAUAAGGCUACAGCUAUGGGAUAUAGCAGGCCAGGAGCGUUAUGGCAACAUGACCAGAGUCUACUACAAAGAAGCAGUUGGAGCCUUCAUUGUAUUUGAUGUUACUAGAGUUAACACCUUCGAAUCAGUCGCAAAAUGGAAAUCAGACUUAGACUCCAAAGUCCAGCUAUCAGAUGGAUCGCCUAUUCCAUGCGUUCUACUUGCUAAUAAGUGUGAUCAACCGAAAGAAGGUCUAAUUAACAACUCGCAUAAAAUGGAGGAAUAUUGUAAGGAGAAUAGCUUUACCGCUUGGUUUGAAACGUCAGCCAAAGACAACAUAAAUAUAGAUGAAGCGGCAAAGGCUUUGGUCACUAAGAUUCUAGAAAACGAUACCCUGCUUAAUGCCGAGUCAUCCAAAGAUGAAGGUAAAUUUUCAAUCUCCAAGGAGACGAAUGCUCAAAAAAAUGGCAAAAUGUGUUCUUGCUGACUGUUUAUUCUUGUUUUAUGCGUUGUCUAUUGUAAUAGACAACGCAUAAAAUAAUAAUUGAAAAAUUUUAAAUAACUAUAAAAAUAUAUUUUAGUAGUUAUUUUACAUUUUUAUAGCUAUUUUAAAUUUUUCUGUUGUUAUUUUAUGCGUUGUCUAUUAUAUGUUAAAUUAAACAUUUUUUACUUAACAGGAAGCACUUUCUAAAAAAUAAAAUAGAAAAAUUUUAAAUAACGAUAAAAAUAUAUUUUUACAGUUAUUUCAAAUUUUUCUAAAAAGUGCUUCCUGUUACGUAAAAAAUGUUUAAAAAUAUAUUUUUAUAGUUAUUUUAAAUUUUUCUAUUUUAUUUUCUAGAAAGUGCUUCCUGUUAUGUAAAAAAUGUUUAAUCAUCGUUUUGUUUACUAAGUAUAUGUAUCAUUGUCAUAGUUUUUAACCAGGUUUGUCGUAAGAUCAUAAUAAUAAAAACACCAGUAUUUGUCAUUUAUAAAUAUUUUCUGAACUGUCUACAAUUGUUCCAGUUUUAAAUACACUGCAUUUUUUAAAAA